UUCAUUUAAUCAUAGAGGGGGAAUAUUAUGUGUCGUAUUUUUCAGACUGCAAUAUAUUCUACGUACUUACCCACACACUAGCAGCCAUGAAGUAUGCGGCUUGCGUAUACGCAAUACUUGUGCACACAGAUGAAAUCACCGGCAAACAAAACAAUAUAGAAUACUGGAACUCAGCGUAGCCGAUAUUGCGACUCAUUUGCAGUACGAACUCCUCCGAAGCAACAACCAAAAAUGGCCGAUCGUCCGUGUGCUGGCAACGCUCUCCGCAUCGCCGGAGCCGUCAUCCUGCCCAACCUGGGCGGCAUCUACAAUGGGCGGCUGACCAGGAAGCACAUCCAGAACUGGUACGCGCACCUCAAGUUCCCCUCGUUCAAGCCACCCAAUUGGGUGUUUGCACCCAUGUGGACAUCCCUGUACGCCGGCAUGGGCUACGGCUCGUAUCUGGUGUGGCGGGAUGGCGGAGGAUUUUCGGGGGAUGCCCAACUUCCGUUGAUUGCCUAUGGCACGCAGCUGGCUUUGAACUGGGCCUGGUCACCGAUCUUCUUCGGGCAGCACAACAUCAAGGGCGGGCUCAUUGACAUUGUCGCCCUGACGGCCGCCGCCGGAGCUUGCGGAGUUCUCUUCUAUCGUGUGAACAAGGUCGCCGGUUUGCUCUUUGUCCCCUACGUCGCCUGGCUGGGAUUUGCCACUGCCCUCAACUAUGCCAUCUGGAAGCUGAACCCGGAGAAGAAGGAACCUGCGGUGUUGGAGGAGGAGAAGCCCUCAAGUAGCCAUGCAGGCAAAGCGAAUUAAGCUGGAAAGUUUUAAACAUUUUAAAUUGUAUAUGUAUUAAGUGUUUUUGUGCAUUCUAAAUGUAGUUAAUGGAAAAAGCUAUGUAGUACCAGGGAUGGUCAAUAGUUGGAUAUAUGUAUAUCGAUAAAUGAUCCAGAAAAAGAGCUUUAUUAACGAGCGCGCUCAAUUUGAAAACAUAUUGUACAAAUAAAAGUUACUUAAAAAAAUUA